UUAUUCGUUUUACAUGCAUUAUCAGUGCCUUCCAGAGAUGCUUAAAGCUUAGACCCUCCACCGUAGGGUUUAAGGUGUGGGAACCAGGAAAGGAUGAUGGCGCCGCGCCGGGGCGCGCAGUGCAGCAGGACCCGCCCGGAACCCCACAGGCGCACGUCGCUCCCCGCCCUCCCCAGCUACGCGAGGCCUCCCGCCCGUGGGAAAGCAGGCUCCGUCACGCCCGUCCGCCGCCGCCUGGGGGCGCUAAAGUCGCGGACCGUGCGAGUGACGUCAUCAGAAACAGUCGGGCAGGUCCGGCCCCGCCCCCGGGCGUCUCGUGACGUCAUUGAGCUUUAGGGAAGCGCGUACACGUGCGGCCCCCUCUCUGCUCCCGGCCUUCUUGUCCCGCUGUCACUGGCCAUGGGUCGCUCCCGCCGCACAGGCGCGCACCGAGCGCACUCCUUAGCCCGCCAGAUGAAGGCUAAGCGGCGGCGACCCGACCUGGAUGAGAUUCACCGCGAGCUGCGGCCGCAGGGUCCGGCACCGGCAAAGCCCAACCGGAACACAGAGCCCGACCCUGACCUGCCGGGGGGCGGCCUGCAUCGCUGUCUGGCCUGCGGGAGGUACUUUGUCGAUUCCGCCAACCUGAAGACCCACUUCCGAUCCAAAGACCACAAGAAAAGGCUGAAGCAGCUGAGCAUCGAGCCCUACAGUCAGGAAGAGGCAGAGAGGGCAGCGGGCAUGGGUUCCUAUGUGCCUCCCCGGCAACUGGCAGUGCCCACAGAAGUGUCCACUGAAGUCCCUGAGAUGGACACAUCUGCAUGACAAGACCUGAGGAUUCAGGGCAGAGGAGCUGCCUAUGGACAGUGGUGUAAGGGCUAGGCUGGGAGAGAGUGUGCCAGUCUCUUUGGAUUCUGGGUUUGGCCUCCUCUGGGUGCCUCUCCCCCAAUAAAGGAACUGGACAAAGGGCUUA